AUGAAUCGUCAUUUAUUCCGUCGCUUAUUGCCUAAGCCGGUUGCCAAUGACGGGUCGCAACUACGUGAUCACCAGGCCAACGAGCGUACCUUUCUUUCUUGGAACCGAAUGGGACUAGCCUUCGCAGCUAUGUCACUUGCUCUCGCUCGACUUGAUAUCAUUGACAACAUCUUCAAUCGCAAAUCCCGCGAGGAGGUAAUUGAUGCUCCUAAGUCAUCCGCGCGAACUGUCUCCCCAGGAAAGCUAUCAAGCGAGAAAGAUCUUCCAGUGACAGAAAAUGGAUCACAAAUCCUGAUUGGAAAUACGAGCGAUCGUGUGGCUAGCCGCGUUUGUCAGGCCAUCAGUAUCUGGUCAUUUGGAUAUUCAUUUGCUCGGUACAUGUCCACUCGAAGAAAUUUGUUGCAAGGACGCUUUGUUCCUGCAAUCUGGGGGCCUUUGUUGAUAACAUGUGGCUCCCUCGGCGUUUUUGGUAUUACUCUGAAGCUAGAGUAA